AUGACGACACGUAGUACGCGCAGCGUGGCUAGUGCUCGUGAGCGUAUGACAGAUGGCGACGUGUACGUGUUCCUCCUGCAGCUCUCGGUGCUCUCGUGGGUGCAGCGGCCCAAGGCGCAGGACUUGGCCGUGCCGAAGCCCGAGGCAGGCCCUGCGGCAGCCGCGCCCGUCAAGAAGGCCGAGGCGCCGGCGGCAUCCAGCAAGAGCGACUGGAUGAGCCUCGGCGGCCUCGCUGACAUGGUGCGCGAUGUCAGCGGCUCCUCGAAGGCAGCGCGUUUUCCCGAGAAGCUGCUUAAGCGCCUGGGAGAGCGGCUGGAGCGCAUCGCCAUGGGCCGCGAUCCGCACUACAACGACCAAAGUCUGCGGCAGACGAUCGGCGUGUUCUAUGGCACGUACAAGGAGACGUCAUUCCAGAAGCAGAUGCGCGAGAACCGCAAGGUCGAGGAGCUCAUCCUCAUCUUCGUCACGGCCGCGCAGAAGGCGCUGCGCGCCCGCACCGAGGGCGAUGCGUGGAAGGAGGAGCUCAACAAGCAGGUGUCGCAGUUCGUCAAGAUCAUCCGCGAGUGCCUGCGCGCGCUGCACGGCGUGCCCAAGGAGCUCACGGAGCGGCUAGACGGCUACUCCGCCAAGCUCACGCCGGCGCCGAUCAGCCUCAGUCAGCAGCAACGCGAGGCGGCGCAGGCCUCCGAGAGCUCCGCCGCCGCCACGGCCUCUGCCAAGGUCGCAAACCGUGCGAGCAACGGCAACCUGAUGGAUGCGCCGUCGUCAAGCAGCAGCGUGCCCGGCAGCCGGCGCGCCAGCGCUGCCAGCUCUGCGCACACGCUCGCGAGCCCGCUGCUCGAGUCGGAGAUGAUCAGGACCGUCGGGCAGCUGUUUCAGGUCGAUGCGGAGCAGCUGCAGAGGGACGUAGAAUUCAUGCUGGCGACGGCGACAGAAAAGGUGAGUCAUGAGCAGAUGCUUCAGCAUGCGGAGGGGACAAGGCGGAUUGGUGUCCUGCAAGGCCCGUGCGAGCCGCGGCAGCUGCACGAGGCUGAACGUGCUGCUCUCUCGCAGGCCGCCAUGAUCGACCUGAAGCGAUGCGUGCGCAACAUCAAUCUGCAGGCUGCGUGGCCUGCACGGAGAGACGACUUCGACUCCGAGGAGGCGUACCAGACGUGGCGCGCGCAGGAGCUCCAGAAUCUGUCGUCGAUCAUGGCGCAGAUGUGCAAGGCGAAGCCAGAGCUCCUGCGGACGACAAAUUCGCGCGACGACGACCUGAGCGUCGCUGCCGCUGCCCAGCCGUCUGCCGGUGAAGGCAGCACGCCCGCGGGCGAUGGCGCGGCGGCAGCUGCUGAGAAGGGCGGCGAUGCUGCGGACAGCGCGGCUGAGGACGACGAAGCCGCCCUCGCUGGCUUCACGUUCAUCCCGCCAGAUCCAAAGGCGUACUACCGGCGCGCGCUCGAGCUGUGCAUCGACCAUGAUCUCGAGCAGAUCAAAUGCCAGCCCGAGGAGGAGGAGGUCUCGCUGAGCAUCCUGUCGCGCGCACACGUGGAGCUCCUGAGCGAGUGCGCGCUGCGGUGGCGCCUCAUGAGCCCCUUCCGCAGUCUGGCCAACCUCGAGGUCGUGCAGCGCAAGCACGACGCGGGCGAGGUGCCGCUCGACUGCAUCACCGAGGCGCUCAACGCCACACAGCUCGUCAUCGACGAGAGCGGCAUCGAGACGUGGGCAGUCGCAGAUCGGGCUCUGCUCGUCCGCAUCUACAGCGCCCUCUUCGUCUCGUUCCUGCGCUACAUCACCGACGCAUUCCAGGACAUACAGAACGUCGAGCCGUCGGAGGUCCAGCCCUAUCUGGAUCUCGUCACUGACCUGCACGGCUCGGGCCUCGUGCGAGAGGGCGGCCGCCUCGAGCUGGAGCCCGUCGAACUGGACCGCUACGUUGAGGACCUCAAGGACCGCAUUCGCAUCAUGGCCAUUCACGACUACACCGCCAAGACCACGGACCUCUUCUCGCAGAUCGUGGAGAACGAGGUGCAGCCGCUGCUGCAGCUCUUGGACUGGCUCGAGAAGGGCGCCAAGCGCGUCGACAAGCGCUUCCCCGAGCCAGUGCUCGGCAGUGUGGAUCCCGUCGCUCUGCUGCUGGAGAAGCAGGUCAGCCUCUAUCUCGACGAUCUCGACUCGAUGCGGCAGCAGAUCGUGGCACACGCUGCGCGAGAGCGCGACCCGCUUCCCUUCGAGGACGUGCUGCACCUCUACACCCGCGUCAAGGCGCUUCUGCGCAUGCACGGCACCUUUUGCCCGCACGUCGAGCUCGUCUUUGACCUUUGCGCGUGGUUCGAGCCGCACAUCCGCCAGUGGCUGGCGCUGACGGAAAAGAAGACGGGCGAGUGGGUGCACAAUGCCGUCUCGACGGACCGCUUUGUUCCAAUCGAGAGCGAGGGCGCCGUGCACAGCUCGUCGAUCGACGAUCUCUUCGGCGCGCUGCAGCAGCCGCUGGACUUCAUCCAGUCUCUCAACUGGUCCGACCCAUACCGGAAUGCCCGCUUCCUCACGAGCCUCGCCAAGACGAUCAGCCGCUCCAUCGAGCAGUACUGCAACCGCGUCGAGGAGCUCUUCAUGGAGGAGAUGUUCCCGCGCACUGCCGAGGACCAAGACGCCAGCCAGAAGCAGUCUGCGUGGAUGAUCAAGGCGAAGCAGACGCUGCAGGGCGAGAAGCGCGUCGAGCCCUUCCACUUCCAGACGUCUUCCUGCGUGAAGCUCAACAACAUCGAGGCCGCACGCCUGCUGCUCGACAAGCUGUACACGAAGAUCGACGCCGACAAACAGGCACACAUCAUCAAGCACGCGGCGCCCGACGUGCCCGACAAGGCGCUCAACGACCGCUACAUCUUCACCGUCAAGGUCGUGCUGGGUGAGAACCUCAUGCCCGUCAAGUCCACCUCCGCCAAUCCGCGCAUCGACUCCUUCGUUACUCUCAGCGACGAGCGUGGCGCCAAGAUAGCCAAGACGCGCACAAUCUACGAGACACCGGACCCGCGAUGGGACGAGUUGUUCGACAUUCCCGUCGAGAAGCAAAUGUGGCUCGCCGCCACGGUGUGGGACCGCAAGCUCGUCGGCGAGCACAAUCUCUGCGGACGCGCCUACCUGCGGCUGGAUCCGCGAUACUUUGGCGACUUCCUGGCGCACGAGCUCUGGCUUGAUUUGGACACGCGCGGCCGUCUCCUGCUGCGUGUCAGCAUGGAGGGCGAGAAGGACGACAUUCUCUUCUACUUCGGCCGCGCGUUCCGCUCGCUGAAGCGUGCGGAGGGCGACAUGGUCCGCAUCAUCGUCGAUAAGAUGAGCAUCUUCAUCCGCCAGUGCCUGUCCCGGACGGUGCUCAAGGCUCUCGUGCGCACGAGCGGCAUCAAUCUCGACAAGGCAUUGGGCAACGUCAAGGCGCUGUACGCGCAGGCGCUUGCCAGCACGAACGUGAACGGCCCGUCGAUCCCGCCCGUCGAUGCAGAGGCACCGCGGAAGCAGCGGCCCACUCAGCUGACGGACCAGGAGAUCGAGGCCGCCAUCAUGCCGCUGCUCGACUACCUGGACGAGUGCCUGGGCACGCUGAAGGGCAGCCUCAGCGAGACGGGCUCUCUGCUCGUGCUCACGAAGGUGUGGAAGGAGGUGCUGAACACGAUUGACGGCAUCCUGCUCCCGCCGCUGUCGGACUCGCCGUCGGAUCUGCAGCAGCUCUCCGGCAAGGAGGUCGAGGUCGUCUUCAAGUGGCUCUCCAUGCUGCGCAACUACUUCAACGCCUACGACGAGGAGACGGGCACUGCGCACGGCGUGCCUCUGGAGGUCCUGCAGGGCCCCAAGUACCGCGAGAUCGUCUCGUACACGCUGCACCACGACGCCAACACAGAUGCGCUGAUGGAGGCGUGCGUGCGCGAGAUGCAGCAGCGGCUUCGGCGAGCGCCGACGAAGCGCGCCAAGAACAAGUCGGUCAUGCAGCAGCGCUCCCUGGGCACGAUCAAGAAGCGCAAGCAGGAGAAGAAGGGCGAGGAGCAGGACGACAAUCUGGAUGUCGUCCUGCGUCUCCUGCGCAUGCGAUCCGGCACGUCGGACUUCCUCCGCCAGCAGUUCGCAACGAUCAGCAGUCUGCAGGCCGCCAUGGGAGGCUCGCCGCCACGUCAGCGACCGCCGGUCCAGCAGCGCUACUCGCGUGGCCCGGGCAAUGCUGCUGCCCCGGCACCACCGCCCAUCGCCGCUCAACAUCAGCAGCAGAUGUACCACCACCCGAUGCAGCCUCCACCCCGCCAGCAGCAGCACCAGCAAUACCAGCCGCUGCCGCCGCCGCCACACCAGUACCAGCAGCAACCGCCGCCGCCGCCGCAGCAGCAGCAGUACUACCGCUAG